AUGUCAUAUUGCGGCAAAGGAGUCUUCACAAACAGAAAAGGCAUGUUCGCACCACCAUUGAGCGGUGUUCGGGUCCUGGAGUUUGCCGGACUGGCACCAGGACCCUACGCUGGAAUGCUCCUCGCCGACUACGGCGCAGACGUGCUUCGCGUCGACCGUGCCCACCCCAAAGCAUUCACAGACGAUCCCCCUCCACCGACGAACGAUGCCUUAACCAGACACAAGAGCUCCAUAACAGUGAACACGAAGACGGAGGCAGGCAUUGCUCUCCUCAAACAUAUAAUCGCCAAAGUAGACGUCGUGAUCGAUCCCUUCCGGCCAGGCGUGCUCGAAAAUAUGGGCCUGGGUCCCGAACAGGUACUACUCCGGCUGAACCCGCGACUGAUCGUUGCAAGAAUGACAGGGUUCCGGCGCGAUGGCAAGUACAAAGACAUGGCAGGCCACGAUAUCAACUACAUUGCAGUAUCGGGUGUGCUGGGGACAUUCGGUAGAGAAGGCGAGAAGCCAUAUCCACCAGCAAACAUUGUUGGAGAUUUUGCGGGCGGAGGCGCAGUAUGCUUUAUGGGCAUCAUGUUGGCUCUGUAUCAGCGAGAUACCAAGACGGGUAUGGGACAAGUGGUAGAGGCAAACAUGGUUGAUGGCUCCGCACAUCUGGCGACAAUGCCACGACUCGCGGCCAAGACACCAAUGUGGAAUGGUGCUCGUGGUACGAACACGCUGGAUGGUGGUGCGCCUUACUAUGGCACGUACGAGACCAAGGAUGGAAAGUAUGUGGCAGUCGGUGCGCUCGAGCCUCAGUUCUACGCUGCUCUGCUCAAAGGAUUAGAGAUCAAUGUUGAGAAGGACCAGUGGCCUAAUAACAGGGAGGAAAAGAAGACCUGGAAGUUUCAGCAAGAAGCGUUCACAAAGCUAUUCAAGCAGAAGACUCGAGCGGACUGGGAGAAGAUCUUCGACGGCACCGAUGCAUGCGUGACACCUGUUCUGGAGCAGAGGGAGUUGGAAAAAGCCGGCUUCGACCAGAGACCGAUCGUCACGCUUAAAGGCUCUCCUGGUCUGGCUCUUGCCGAAGGCGACGCCGACACACGUCCUCCGGCAACUGGUCAAGGCAUGGGCGUUCAAGGCGAGGGCUGGACCCCGGCAGGCCUCAGACCUGGAGAAGGCGGCGAGGAGGUGCUUGGGAAAUGGAUGGGCUGGAUCAAGGGGCGACACUAUAAGGUCCAUGAGGGAGGAUGCGAAGCGCUCGAAGUCCCAAGGUCAAGACCGAGAAUGUAG